GAAGGUCAAAACUAAGCUCUAACUCGUCCCAUUUCAGACAACUCACAAUUACAAGCACCACUCCAAUCACAAAUUUUAAAAAUAAAACCUUAGGAAACCCCUCUUUCUCUUCUUCCCCCAAAUCUAGAGACACACAGGGUUUGUUUGGUCACGCCUAAUUGGAGCAGAGUGUAGAAGCUUCUAAUUUAAUGGAGGCACCUAGCGGUGUCGCAGGCGCUCGCGGCGUGUCUCUACCGAUGCAAUCGUCUCGGAAGGAGUGGCGAGCUGUUCCCGAACAGGACUCCGGCAAUGAGGAUUUUCAAAGAUCAAAGUUAGGGCAGUCUGAUGAAAGAUUAAUUUUUGAGGUACAGCAACCGGGGGAUGUGGACUUUUGUUCGAUUUCGAUUGAUGCAAGUAUGGAGAAUGAGUUGCAGCAGCGGCUUCGUUCGGUGGUUAAGCAAAAGGAGGAGUUGGAGCAUGUAGAGACGGAGAUUAGGGCGGAGAUCAUUGCCCGAUCGCAGAUUAUUGCGUUGCAGAGUAGUUAUGAUUCACAGAUAAAGGAGCAUGUUAAUGCCAAUGUCAAGCUUCAAGAGCAAUUACGGGAAAUGGAACAGGGUAUACAUGAACUUGAAAGAGAGAUUGAAGUGAAAGAAAGGGAGCUGCAUGCAAUUAGAUUAGAUACUCAAGCAGUGUGGGCCAAAGAUGAUCUUCUCAGAGAACAAAACAAAGAACUGGCAAAUUUUAGGAGAGAACGUGAUAAUUCAGAAGCUGAGAGAGCACAGCAUCUUAAACAAAUUCAUGAUUUUCAAGAGCACAUUCAAGAAAAAGAGCAGCUGUUGAUGGAGUUGCAGGAACAGCAAAGAGUAGCACAGGAAACUGUAAUCUUUAAAGAUGAACAACUAAGGGAGGCACAGACAUGGAUUACACGAGCCCAGGAAAUGGAUGCGCUGCAAACAAGUACAAACCAAACCUUACAAGCUGAACUUCGAGAGCGUAUUGAACAGUAUAAUCAGUUGUGGAUGAAUUGCCAAAGACAGUUUACCGAGUUUGUGCAUACCAUACAAGCACUCCAGAUCGAGCUGGCUGAACUAAGAGAAAGAAGUGGAACCUACUCGGACGACUCACGUGCUUCCCAGUCAAACUUAAAGGAUGCUUCUCAGUCGGGAAACAGCAAUGGAAGCCAACUGAAUGUUAGUGGGAAUGCUCACGCCCGUGAUUCCAACACUCUUCCUAAUGGGAACUUGGAGAAUGAUUCAUCUAUGUCACAGGGAAAUGCUUCCGGACAGUCUGGUCAGACCAAUCACGUUGCUGCUGUUCCUAUUGUUCCUCAGUCACUAGUUCGGAUGCCCACCUACCUCCCUGGGCAAGUGGCUGCUUUGCAUCCCUAUAUUAUGCAUCAACAAGCGGUUGCACAAUCUGUUUCUUCGCAUGUUCCUCAAUCACAUACUGCACAUUUUCACUCAGUACCAGCGGUAUCAUCUCUAAAUCAUUGGCAGAAUCAACAGGCUGCAUCAGAAGGUUCUCAAAUCCCAGCUCAGGAACAACAUCCCCCAUCACAAAGCGAACAAAAUUUGCUACGAGCAGAAAAUAAUUAUGACUAUAAAGUGCCUGUAAAUGGACAACCUAGUCAGACAGAAUACGUCGAUGCUCAAAUCAAUCCAGAGGUACAACCUCAAGCGGUAGUUCCAACCCAGAACGAGGGAGCACAGGUCCUGGAAUCCAUUGAUAAACGCUACAUUGUAGAUCCUCGAUCUCAGAACAACUUGCAACAUUUAUCUUCCCAGUUUCACGAGGGUUUGACCCUGGAUUCUUUGAAGCAUAAUAGCGAGAGUGAGAAGAAUAUUAACACUCUGGGAAAAUUAGAGGCCCGAGUUUCUAUGGCCGAACAACCCAAUGCUAAAUUAUCUGAAGAACAGCUGAAAAAUAAAAAUUUAAUGGAGAAUGACGGUGCUAAUACCGCGUUAGCUUCUGAAGCUCUUGUCUCUGCUGAGGACAAGUCUAAACUUGUUGGAAAGAGCUCAGAAAUUACUCUUCUUGAUGAAGGAUCAUUGUUGCGCUGCAUUGUUCGCACAAUUCCACCAAAUGGUGGAAUCAGGAUUAGUUCAACGCUACCCAACAGGCUUGGAAAAAUGCUUUCACCUCUACAUUGGCAUGAUUACAAGAAAAGUUACGGAAAACUUGAUGACUUUGUUGGCAGUCAUCCUGAACUGUUUGUUAUUGAAGGAGACUUUAUUCACCUUAGAGAAGGCGCUCAAGAGAUUAUUGCAGCUACGGCAGCUUUUGCUAAAGUUAAAGCAGCUGCUUCUGCAACCACAUCGCACUCCUCCCUGUUGCCUUCUGUUGCUGUCACGCCCAUGGCUCAGUCACACCGAUUAAAAAGGGAGCAGGCAACCAGCCGACCAGGAAACCUUACUGAUGGUCAGACGCAGACUCAGCUUAUAAAUGGUGUUCCAUAUGCUGUUGGAGCUGUUUCAACAGUGAAAAUUUUAAGCAAAUCUAAAGACAUUGCGGAACAUAGUAGCACUGAAAUUAGACCUCAGGUGCCUACACAGUUCGCUUCUGGAAAUGGAUCAACUAUAGAUAGAUCUGAUGUAGUUGGUUCUCAAAUCAGGGGUUCAGUCCGGGGCAGGGCCAAUUCAAGUUUUGUUGUGAAGCAGCAGGACAGAACAACUGGAACUUCGUUGAACCCAAGAAGAUAGUUAUGAUUGAAAUAUUGUUAGAUAUGAUCAAAUUGCUGGACACUCAGAUUGCUUGUGCUGCGGACUGCGGAAAAGAGUGCUGAUGUAUUUUGAUGAUGGAAUUUCCUACCUUUUGCGUUAUAUAGAAAGCUUGCAAGGCUCUAGCUGAUAUAUAAUUCUGUUGUCUUGAUACUAAAAAAGCAGUGCAUCCAAAUUGGUGUAUAGCUGCACAAAUUGAAUAUGUGCACCUUAUGGUUCUCAAAAUUAUUUGUGAACUUGAAAGUUGGAACUAGAACUGUUGGCAUCGGCCUAACUUAUGAUCCCAUUGAAUUAUGGUCUUAUUUGUGGUUGCUAUGAUAUGCAUACCGCUGCUUUUGAUGCUCCACAAA